GCGGGAUGACUUGACAUUGCCUCAACUUGAAGGCUGCGAAAACGGACGGUGAUGAGUAUCUAACGAAACAGUGUUAUUUUGGUCCGUGCACCUCGGCGUCGCUCCGCGCACAAGCGAGUGGAAGCUCCGUGCUUUCUUUCGUUAAUAGAAUGUCAAAAAAUAGUGCUCGACCUUGUCACAUUUCCGAUGUCUUGCUCCCCAGAGUGCCUGUAACCCCCCACUACCAACCGAACGCUCUGCCAUGACCAGGAGACGCAGGGAACGAUCUCCAUCCAGCCUCCCGCUGAAACAGCCCGACCGGUCAGGCCCGACGGAGAAGACACUGCUGCAGCUCGCCGAGGAGAGAGGAUUAUUCGACCAGGCAAAGAAGAGGGAAGAGGAGAUUGGGAGGAAAUCUGGCGCGGCCUCCAACUUGCGGCCGUCGAGCGACGAAGGGAGCCAUGCCGAAGACGAAGCUGGAUUGCCACCCUCAGUCGAGCGUGUGCUCGAGGCGGGACUGUGGUCCGUGAGCCUGUCGAUGCUACACCUCACCUUUGACGUUCUGGUCCAGCAUCAGUAUUCAAUUGACAGAGUGGUCUGGUCCACGGUCUUGUCGAGGUUUGGCCAGGCGCUACCGGUCUUUGGUUUGCUGGUUUACGUAUUUCAUGCCCACCCCGCCAACCCAGGGCUUAUACCCGGUCUCUCUCCGCGAUACCAGUCGGUUUUCCAGCAAGCAAUAUUUCUCAUCACGAGUGUGGUCGCGGGGUGCUACCUAAUCCACAUCACCAAUUCGUACGGUUACAUGGCCGUCAUGAAGCAGGCCCCACCGCUAGGUUGCUUAUGGGUCUGGUCCGUCAUCGAAUUGGACCUUCCCUGGGCAGUCAUUAGCCUCGCUGGCGCGGGACUGUUUCUGUGGAUGAAGGGAUACAGCAUCAAAUAAGCUUGACGUAAUCGUUGGCAUGCAAUCGUCGGGCCAGGACGUCCGUGUUAGCCUCCACAACUUAAUGAAGCAAACAGUACCUAAAUCCUUAACGUCAGUCCCUCUCGUUUUGAGAGCCACAUCUACUUCGGUUGCAUUUCUGGGCCCAAGAAAUCGGUAUCUCGGUACGGCAAACAGCUCUACCAUCGCACUCCCGUCGACGAAUCCAUCAAAGUGUUCUCGACCGGGCACAAGCAUGCUCAAGCGAGAUCCAGUGACGUUAGGGUUACGCCUUCUCAGGCUCUCUCCGCGGGGAGGAAGGGAGUGCCGCAAGUGCAAUAUGCCG